AUGGCCCACCCUGCCCGCCUCAACCUCCUUCCCCCGCCCCACAUCCCCUUCGAACAAGGCUUCCCCGGUAUCCCCAAGAGCCCAAACAGAAAACCGCCCAGUGUACAAGGCACCCUCGAAGUCCGUCUCGGUACCGUCCCUGUCAAAGCCAAAUGGAUCAGAGUUGAGCUUCGCAAAUCGGAAUCUCUGCCACCAGGAUUCCCUGGGGCAGCAGUGGAAGAAAGCUGGGAGCAUGUGGGAGAGAUACAGACUUUAUGGAAGCCGUCGGCGGGAAAAGAAUGGGAUUUAAUACAGGCGACUGACUACACCUUCGUCCUCGACCUCCCUGCUGGGCUCCCUCCAUCGAUAGAGCUUCCAAGAAGUACCGGUGUCAAGUAUACCCUUGUUGCUGCUCUCUGCUAUAAGCAAAAAGGCGGGAUGUUCAAAAAAGAGUCCUUCCCGAUCAUCAAGCAGACGGUGCCGAUUCAUGUCAUCAAGUACGAAACCCUCUCCACUUGGCCGGUCUACAAUAUACCCGAAACAAGAACCAUCAAAGCUCUCGAAGGUCUGCUCGACUUGACUGUCUCUCGCCCGAGUACAGCAUUCAGUGCUGGGGACAAAAUAUCCCUGAUUGCUCGCUUGAAAUCGUCGCGUCCGCAGCCAUUCAAGCUGCUCGGGUUCGAGUGCAAUCUCCUCGAAGUCAUCACAUUCAUUCCUCCUCCUCCCGAUCCCAACAGCAGAUCGAAAAAGCAUCAAAAGAUUUCCACUGCCCCUGUCACCAAGUCACGUAUCAUCCAGACCGUCACGGCACCUCUGAACGAGACAGUCGGGCGUGGCGGGGAGAAGGGCGCGAGGCUGGAAAUGCAGGUCGGGGAGAUAUCGUAUACGGCCAGAGGGACAAAGGUGGAAGUGGAGUAUGAUUUGGAAGUCCGCGCGCUGGUGGACGGGAUCAAGGAGAAGGUGGAAAUGCGGAGAAUCAGGUGUACGGUUGGGCCUUAUACGCGAGCAAAUGCGCAACAGACUUGCAAACAAAUCGGUUACGUCGAAUCACUAUGUCCCGAGACUCCUUCUAUCCCUAAUGCUCCCACUUUCCCUGAUAUGCUGGCUACCGACAAACCCCUACCUCCUCGUACAGCACCAAUGGCACCCCAUAACGGGGUUCCUCCCGUCUUCGUCCGCGCUCCCAGCCAACCGCAGCCUAUUCAAGGCUAUACCCCGAGAAAUCAGCACAAACGGCAGCCGUCCAUGGGUUCCACAAAUACAGAUACGACUACUACCGGCACUACUGCCACGCACGACUUUUCGCCGCAGGUAGCUGGGAAUGGGAGAGGGUAUCAGUCUGUGCCCAACCAGCGUCGGUCAAUGGACGUGACUUUCCCACAAGCGCAUCCAAGCAGACCGAAGACUGCCGAGCCUCAGGAUGUUGACGAGACACCGUCGCCUGUGAGCUCUUUGCCCUACCAGAGGCAGGUGUCGAAUGAGUCGGUGAAUGAUGAGGCGUCGAGGAGGUUUUCGUCAGUCACGACGGGGACUUUUGGGAGGUGGGAUCUAAAUACUGAUGUACAGACGAGGCAUGGUCGGUCAAAUAGCGAGGCUACGCAAACACCCACUACGCCGGUACGGACUACUCCACUUCCUUCCGCUCGCACCCCGCCCUCAGCAUACCAGUUCCAAUCUGCCGAGCAAGAGAAGAAGCGACAGAAUGAACUGUACGCCAAUGCUCGUGCGCGGGCUGCCCAAGUACAAGGCGACUCGGGCGCUUCUCUCGAACGCAUUGGCUUGGCUUCGUCAACUUCCGCCACACCUUCUUUCGCUGAUCUGGCUAAAGAGGAAGAGGCAGCGGAUGAUGUACCCCCUCCGGAGUAUGCUCCUCCUCGCCCAGUCCAACCAGGUGGAUACUCUGCGCCCGCUAAGCCCAUAUCUUCAUACACCGAUCGUCCAUCCCCUUCACCUCGCCUCUCAAUGAUCUCUUCCGCCCCUCGCGCGUCAUCGCCUUCAUCCUCAACUGCACCAUCCACCCCUCCUCCACCUAUGCCAGCAAAACCCAAUGUGGACAAUGUUUACCUUUCAGCCGCGCAGGAGAAGGAAGCGCAGAGGAAAAGAUGGGAAGAAGCUACAUCGCGGGUUCAAGGUGGGCCGGAGGCGAGUGGAAGUGGGGCUGGAUCGGUGACGCCAAAGACGCCUUCUUCGGGAGGACAUUCUAGUCCUGGUGUACCAUCGGGAUUGAGUGAGAAGGAGCAAAUGCGGCGGUACUAUGAAGCGCAAGACCGAGUCGCUGCAGCCAAUAACCAGGGCGAAGGUUCUAGCUCUCAAGCAGCUUCUGCCCCGCAGAGAGCUGUCUCGUCCAACUCCAUUUCGGGGUUGGCAGGGGCGGGAGGGCCAGUGGGUGAGAAGGAGCAAAUGAGGCGAUACUAUGAGGCGCAAGAUCGGGUGGCGGCUGUUUCGAACGGUGCGAGCGGUAGUGGUAGUGGGAGCAGGGUUGUCAGCUCUCCGACUCGUCCCGCUCGAGAGUCCACUGCCCCCGUCCCCGGCGCCAGCUCGUUGAGUGAGAAGGAACAGAUGAAGAGGUAUUACGAGGCGCAAGAUCGGGUAGCCGCUGCUGCUGGAGGUUCUGGCUUGAGUGGCGCAAGUGGAAGUGGAACGACAAUCUCUCCUAAGCGACAAUCUACCGCCCCUGUCUCUUCAGCUUUGAGCGAAAAGGAGCAGAUGAGGAGAUACUAUGAAGCACAGGAUCGUGUCUCUGCUGCCGCUGGUAAUUCUCCCAGCGCUAGCGCGAGUAACAGCAGCCCCCCCGAGUCAUCUACCACUACACAGUCUCCCGCCCCCGUUCGCUCUACGAGCGUACUUCCGCCUUUGGACGAGAAGGAGCAAAUGCGACGCUACUACGAAGCACAAGACCGGGUUGCUGCUGUAGCGAGAGGGGAGGGAUCCAGCUCGGCUGGGCAUUCCCAACUAACGUCAUCUAGUGACGCCCCGCCUUCCCUCUCCGGCCCUUCGAAUGGCUCUUCCUCCUCGCGAUUCCCUUCGGCGGAAGAAGAGAAAGACUUGAUGCGUCAACGCUACGAGUCAGCCCAAACAGCCGUGCAUCAGAGAUUCGCGUCUCCUCCCAACUCACCUCCUGCCUCGCUUUCUUCCAGACACAGGAGUCAAGGCCGGGGAGGCUCGCCAUUUGGGACACCGCCGUCUUCAGCUGGGUUGGGCGCAGGUAGUUCAAGUGGAAGCGGGCUGGGAAGGCCGUUGUCGAUAGCAACCGCCAUGACGCCGCCAGAGUCACCUUUGAAGAGUUCGGGCGGGAGGAGCGCACGGGGAAGGAGUAGCGACGAGGGGCACGGGUCUGGAUUGGCAUCUGGAAGUGGGAGUGGACAUGGAGGGCCAGCAGUGGGCGCGCCACCGCCUUUACCAGCGAAGCCGCCGAGGGAGUAUAUCACACUUUUAAGUCCUCUUGGAGAAUAG